AUGAGGAAGCCUGUGCCGCAGAAAGCUAUAGAAUGGAAAGAUGCCAGAAGGAUCAAACAUGCCCGGAGUGGACGGCCCUCCCGGCUGCCUUCCCUGUUCCAAGGACAUUUCAGUUGGGAGAAGUACUUAAAAGAUACGGGUGCCAGCGCAGCACCGGCUUCAUGCUUCCGUCAGAGCCUUACACCGCCAGUCAAUGAGUUCAAAGCGGGUAUGAAGUUGGAAGCUCAGGACCCGCGCAACACCACGUCCACCUGCAUCGCCACAGUUGUGGGCCUGACAGGGUCGCGACUCCGCCUGCGCCUGGACGGCUCCGACAACAAGAACGACUUCUGGCGCUUGGUGGACUCGUCCGAGAUCCAGCCCAUCGGCAACUGCGAAAAAAGCGGCGGCAUGCUGCAGCCACCGCUUGGUUUCCGUCUCAAUGCAUCCUCCUGGCCUUUGUUUCUCUUGAAGACACUAAAUGGAGCUGAGAUGGCGCCUCCACGCAUCUUUCACAAGCAGGAGCCUCCUGCACCAGAACAGAACUCCUUUCAAGUAGGGAUGAAGCUGGAGGCAGUGGAUCGCAAAAACCCUCACUUUAUCUGCCCGGCAACCGUGGGUGCAUUACGCGGCGUGGAGGUGCAGGUCACCUUCGACGGCUGGCGGGGAGCGUUCGACUACUACUGCCGUUAUGACUCGCGCGACAUCUUCCCUGUCGGCUGGAGUGCACUUACCGGGGAUAACCUGCAGCCACCCGGAACAAAAGCACUGGUUCCAAAGAGCAUUGGGCCAUUAACAGACAGCACUGUGGAGAGCUCGGCCAUGCACACACCACCUGUGGUUAGCAAACCCACUGGUCAAAGGGGGCGCAAACCUGGUCGCAGAAAAGGCAAGCAGUCUUGGAGUCAGAAGGCCUCAGCCUCAGGACCACCAAGUAUCCAGACAUCCAAAAGCUUGGAGGCUGUCAAUAUUCCCAAGAAACGUGGACCAAAGCCUGGACGGAAGCUGAGCUGGGUCAAGAGAGCCGACUUUUUGCCUGACGCAAUGCCUGGCCGGCCUACGGCAGGUCCAGGACGACCCCGUGGUAGACUACCGGGCAACUGGGCACAGAGGAUAGCUUUGCCGCAGACACAGGACAUGCCUGUCAAGAUCCCGAAGAAGAGAGGGCCAAAGCCUGGCAGCAAGAGAAAACCUCGCCUGGUACCUAAUCCAGCCCCCACGUCUCCAACCAGCAGUACCCCAGAGCCCGACACCAGCACUGUCCCCCUUGACAACGCUACUAUCCCCAAAUCUGCACUACAGGCCCCAACAGUGUGCAUCUACUUGAACAAGUAUGGCAAGGUCGGGCCCCACCUGGACCAGCGCCGCAUCCAGCAGUUACCAGACCACUUCGGUCCCGGCCGGGCGGCGUCGGUGCUUCAGCAGUGCGUCCAGGCCUGCGUGGACUCCGCCCACAACCAGGCCACCGUUUUUACCUGCCUCAAGCCUGGUCACGGGGGUGAGGUUAUUUCAGCCUACUUCGAGAAGCAGCAGCACACACUGACGCUGCCCACCGUUAGCAGUGUCACUUACGUUCUCCGAUUCCUAGAAAAGCUUUGCCACAACCUACACUGCGACUUGCUGUUUGGUAGUCAGCCUGUGGCUAGAGAAAGCCUACACUACGAUGGACGUACCUUUACGACAGACACGAGAGGUUCAUCAGACAACUUGACCACAGGUCCAAGUCUAGGCACCAAGAGGCUCCCUCAAGACCCGUACAAAAGCCCCUUGCCCUCAAAACCGGCCAAGAUCUCUAGGCCGUCCAUCAAUGGGGAAUCCAUGGAAAGCAGCGCUGUGGCGGCAACGUUCGAGCACUCAAACAAAAGUCCCCUCUCCCCGAGCUCGUUGACACAAAAGUCGGACAGUCGUGUGCGUCACACAAGCUCAUCAGGUUUGGGGUGUUUUGGCGAAAGCGGUCAGGAUCCCAACUUGUGGAGCGUUAGCGAUGUCAUGCGCUACAUUAAAGACAUCGACCCCAUGCUUGCACCACAUGCUGACCUGUUUAGAAAACACGAAAUUGACGGCAAGGCGCUGCUGCUGCUACGUAGCGAAAUGAUGAUGAAGUACAUGGGGCUGAAGCUGGGCCCCGCCCUCAAACUCACCUUCCACAUUGACAAGCUGAAACGCGCCUGA